AUGUCAAACAGGGCAAUCAAAGGAAUUUUGGUCAAGACCAUUAAUGCAAAUCAAACUGAUUGGUCCUGGAAGAUUGAUCACAUUCUUUGGGCAUAUAGAACUGCAUUCAAUCCCCCGAUUGCCCUUUAUAAGGAGAAAAUGAAGAAAUGUCAUGACGCCAAAAUCCUUCAUCAAGAGUUUAAAGUUGGUGAUCUUGUGUUGCUCUACAACUCUCGUCUGAGACUUUUUCCGGGAAAAGUCAAGUCAAAAUGGUCGGGUCCAUUCAAAGUAAAUCGUGUGUUUUCAAACGGGGCAAUGGAAGUUGAGAAUGAAGAUGGGUCAAUGUUCAAGGUGAAUGGGCAAAGUUUUAAGCUUUACUUUGGAGAAAACCCUAAUGUGACUAAGAUUGAUGUGGUGUUGGAGUUCGUACUUUGGAAGAAAGGAAAAUGGGUGAAGGGCUUGAACACUCAGUGA